UUUUCCCCACGCAGAGAAAGAGUUCGACCUCAGGCGUUUACAUAUAUAUUUGUACAUAUAGAUGUAUGCAUGCAUGCUUGUGUGUAUGCACGCAUAUAUUUGUGUGUAUGCGUAUAUAUGCAUGUAUGCAUGCAUGUCCGUGUUUAAGCGCGUGUCCUCGGGAGGCGGGCCAUGCACGCGCCACAUCUCCACUAAUGGAAGUUAUUGUUGUUGCGAGUUGUUUCGAACUAUGAGGUGCGCGAGAAGCGGCCGCCUGUCCGCGCUCAUCACGGACCACUGAUUUUCUUUCUUUCGGAUUUUUUUAUUAUUAUUAUUUAUUCUUUCUUAGGGGUCGUCUUUGUGUGCGUGAGCGUGUGUGUGUGCGCAUGUGGAGGAUUUUUUUUUAAACCCGAGAAAAUACCGAGGAAGUAAGAGCUGAAAAGAGGGGGAGAAAGAAAGCAAGCAAGAAAGAAAGAGAAGAGGCACGAGCUGAAGCUGAACUGCACCACCGGGGGGAUUUAAAUCGCUGCUGCUGCUGCUGCUGGUGGAGCUUUAAAUUUUUUUGCGAAGGAGAUAAAAAAGGAGGAAUCUUUUUUAAAAAAAGGAGAAAUUCAUGUAGCCGUUCGAGCUCAAGCUUCAUUUCUUUUUUUUUUUUUUUUUUUUUUUUGGGGAGGGGGGGGUUGGAUCGCAGGAUGAGCAAGGAUAGACCGAAGAGGAACAUCAUCCACAAGAGAAGAGAUGACGACAGCGAUGGGAUCCCCUGGUCGGAAGAGCGAGUGAUGCGGAAGGUCCUGUAUCUCUCUCUGAAGGAGUUUAAGAUCGAACAGAGACGCCAGCUCCUCGACGACCAUGGAGCCAAAAGCCCAAACGGUUCUCUGUCAAGUGUCCAGCUCCAUGGCUCAGGCUCUAAAGGAGGACACAAAGAGGACGACUCUCGCUCUCAGAGCACGGAUGGAGGGAGUGAGUGCUGGGAGGAGGGACAGGCAAAAAAGAGACCCAGACUUCAGGCUCAGAGGAAAUUCGCUCAGUCUCAGCCCAACUCUCCCAGCAGCACUCCGGUGAAGAUGGCCGACCCGUCCCUGCCCACACCAGCCACGCAAAUCACCGACCUCUCCAGACGCAAGCCCAAGACCGAGGACUUCCUCACGUUCCUCUGCCUUCGAGGCUCCCCGGCUUUACCCAAUAACAUGGCCUACUUUGGCAGCUCUCAGGAUGAGGACGAGCUGGAGGACGACGAGGAAUGCGAGGUAGAGAAGCCGCCCAGCGUCGCAUCCACAUCCUGCCAGUCCACACCACGGAAAGGCAAACCACCCGGCAAACUCAACGGACACGUGUUUAAUGGCCACUCUAAGCUGGGGAAGUUGAGGGACACCAAAAUCAGAGAGAUGAUGUUGGGGAAGGAAAGGGUGGACGAGUGGAGUGAUGUCCUCCAAGCCCCCACAACCAGAGCUCACACCUUCAACGGAACACACAUUAAAGGAAUCCCAGAGGAACUACGCAAGCAGGUUUCGAAAGUGAACGGCUUCUCGUUGAACGCGGCUGCUGCCAAAAAGUCGAAAGACUGCCGCCUACCCUCCAGAACUGUGAAGUACACGGCCACCGUGACCAAGGGCCACGUCACAUACACCAAAGCGAAAGGAGAGCUGGUAAAGAAAGCCAAACUGAACCACAGCAAACAUGCUGCUGCUGCUGGCGGCAAUCAGCAUCCAGCCAGCAACGGGCUUGGUGCCCAGCCCCCUCACUCAGGGAAAGUCCCAAGUGGCAAUGCAAAAACCCGCAAACAGGUGCUGUUAACAAAUGGGCUGCAUGGCACAGCCAAUGGGGGCGCCAAUGUUCGCUUCAACGGGAGGAUUAACGGACUCCAUAUCUUGAAAGACGACGAAAUAGAGGAUGACAGUCGGCAAGGGCGGCACGGUCUGCGCAAUUCCAAACGCAGAAUGGAUUCAGGGCCGGAGGUUAUAGAGCCUAAGUCCAAGGGUUUGUUCUCAGAGGCUAAAAAACCUAAAUUGGCAUCACUUCCUGUAGUGGAAACACGCAGCAAGAAGGUGCUAAACCAGGACAAGGCUUCGACUGCUCUUGCUAAUGGGCACAGCAUCACUGAAACGGCUGCCUCACCUACACCAAAAACAGGCCCCACGCCUGCUCCGGCCUCCCCAGCUGCCCCAGGCUCUGCCCACCAGAGCCCAGCCAAUCCCGAGCCGGCAAGGCAACGGCCCAAACGGGCCUCCGCCGGGAGGCUGAUGUUCAUCCACAGGGCGCAGCAGAGGGUCAAGAGCUGGCACGCUAACUCUAAUGCUAACACUACCUCAACCAGCAGACUCUUGAGAGGGUCAGAGCCUCAGACCACACCUCAGCGGGUGGAGCGGGAGCGUGAGAGGGAAAAGGAGAGAGAGAAGGAGCGUGAGAGAAGCCGGGCAGGCCUGGCAGCGCUGCCGGAGGCUCCAGUUUUUCGCCCUAACUCACGGGAGUUUCAGGACCCUCUGGUGUACUUGGACACGGUGCGAGAAUGCGCGGAAGUGAGCGGGUUGUGCCAAGUUGUCCCGCCUCCUGACUGGCGUCCCGAGUGCAAGCUAAACGACGACAUGCGCUUCAUCACGCAGGUGCAGCGAGUGCACAAGCUCGGCCGCCGCUGGGGCCCCAAUGUUCAGAAGCUUUCCUGCAUCAAGAAACACCUCAAAUCUCAGGGCAUCAGCAUGGAGGAACCACCAGUCAUCGGAGGCUGCGAGGUAGAUCUGGCACGCUUCUCCGAACUGGUCAGCGACAUGGGUGGCAUGCAGCGCGUGAUGGAUCUGAAGAAGUGGAGCCGUUUAGCCGAUCUGCUCCGGAUCCCGCGAUCGGCUCAGGAACGGCUGGCUAAACUCCAGGAGGCCUACCUGCAGUUCCUUCUUUCCUACGACCAGCUGUCUCCACACGAGCAGCGUCGCCUCGAGCACGACGUCCAGGCCGAGAAGGAGAUUCUGGAGCGCCGCCGGGGGCCCCUGGAGGGCCACUCCGAGAGUGGGAACGGCCACGCCCUGGCUCUUCCGCGAUACGAGCCCAAAAACGGCCUUCACAGACCAGGCAAGGAGGCGGAGACGCAACGUAAUCCUGGACGCCGACGACUCUUCAACCACGAGAAGAAGGAGGGAUGUGUGGAAGAGAAAGGAAACGAAGGGGUUCUCAGCGACCAGCACAAGUGUAUAUAUAAGGGGAGAUCAGUAGCGCUGACCACUUUCUACAGAAUAGCCAGGAACGCGAUGAUAAUGUGUUUCAACAAGGAGCCCAGAGCAUCAGAGGUCGAGCAAGAGUACUGGCGAAUAGUGGAGCAGAGGGACUGUCAUGUAGCGGUGCAUUGUGGGAAAGUGGACACAAGCACACAUGGGAGCGGCUUUCCCGUGGGCAAGUCAGAGCCUUUCUCAAAACACGGAUGGAACCUCACUGUCCUUCCUCACAACUCCGGCUCCAUCCUGCGCCACCUCGGUGCCGUGCCCGGGGUGACUGUUCCCUGGCUGAACAUUGGCAUGGUCUUUUCUACCUCAUGCUGGUCACGAGACCAAAACCGCCUUCCAUACAUCGAUUACUUACACACUGGUGCUGACUGCAUUUGGUAUUCGAUCCCUGCUGAGGAGAAGGCUAAGCUUGAUAAAGUAGUGCACACGCUGCUGCAGGCCAACGGCACACCGGGACUCGAGAUGCUGGAGAAGAACAUAAUGAUCUCUCCCGAGGUUCUGAGUCGUGAGGGGAUUAAAGUGCACCGUACGGUGCAGCAGAGCGGACAGUUCGUGGUGGUUUUUCCCGGCACGUUCGUCUCCAGAGUGUGUUGCGGCUACAGCGUGUCGGAGACGGUGCACUUCGCCACGCCGCAGUGGAUGAACCUGGGCUACGAGGCUGCCAAGGAUUUGAAAUGCAGGCGCAUCGCUAAGCCCUUCUCCAUGGAGAAACUGCUGUACCAGAUCGCUACGGCCGAGGCCAAACGAGAGAAUGCACUUCUGCUAAGUGCAAUCUCCUCUCUUCUCAAAGAUCUCAGGAACAUAGAGAUGAAGCAGAGGCAGGAUCUCUACGAGGCUGGUCUGCUCUCCUCUGCCCGAUAUGGCACUCAUGACAAUGGCCAUACAGACAACAGGAAGAAAGCACGCAAAUGGCCGGCUCUCGAGUCGUCCGAGAGACGCUGCCAGAUGUGCCAACACCUCUGUUACCUGUCUAUGGUGGUGCAGGAGAACGAGAAUGUGGUGUUCUGUCUGGAGUGUGCGCUGCGCUACGUGGAGAGAAACAAAUCCUGCCGUGGACUAAAGAUGAUGUACCGCUAUGACGAGGAGCAGAUCAACAGUUUGGUGAAUCUGGUGUGCUGCAAAGCCACGAAGAGCUCGUCACAAAGCUGCAACAGCUCCAGUCCGAACAAAACCCCGAACAAGCGUCGCCCGAGGAAGAGCGCCUCCUUAGAGCUGACUCUCACCCAAAUGGGCAAAAACACCACAAUGGCCAUCUCAUAAAAGAGAGAGAUCGACUCUGCUCUAAACUUCUGAGAUCUGCUUUAUCCCAAUCACACCUCUCUUUCUCUCAGUCACGCGGAUCUCUGAAUCGCGGAUCUUCUGCCUCCUACAGUACGGCGACACUUGCUGCAUGUGAGCGAGCGAGCUGCCUUUUUUGCACUAGAGCGAAAGAAGGUUUUUUGUUCCUUUUGGAUUCUUUUUUUUUUGUUAGCAUUAAGCAGCAUGCUCUCUGGUCCGGUUAAAAAAGUGAGACAAUUGUCGUCCUCUCUUCCGGACCCUUGUUUUUUUUUUUUUUUGUUUUUUUUUGUCCUCCCUCAUCCUUGGCCCUGUCGACUGCAUACACACACUCAGCCUGAACUGUGAAUCGAGACAUGUUGGUGCUCCUGUUUUUCUUUCUUUUUGUCUACUUUGUGUCACGAUUCCAGAGACACGAUGGCCGUUCGGCCGACCUGGACUGCUCCAAUUUUUAGUUUUUUUAUUAAUAAAUGAACACAUUUGACCUCUUUGAAUUAGUUGCUAAGACGAGGUAACACUUGAAAGCGGGAUUUUUUUUGUUUGUUUUUAAUUUGAAAUAUCGGACGCUUUGAACUGGACUGGGUGAGACGAGACGGUCAUGACGAGCUCCUGCGCUGACAUUAGCGACUCCCCCUUUAACUGUGCCUGAUCUUUAGAUCUUCAGCUAAAGGAGCUUCGUCUGAUUCUUUGGUGCUGUUUUAUUCGAUUUGAUUUUUAUUGUUAUUGUUGUUAUUAUUAUUAUUAUUUCAUUUUUCGCAUCAAUUCACAAAAGGUUCAAACGAAAACGAGUGCUAUCUGCUUUCGGAGGCUUUCAGCUUCGACAUGUGCAAUCGUGUUAACAUUCCACACUUCCUGUUUAAUUCAUCUGUACCAGUUAACAUUAAUUUUAUUCAUUGUUUUAUUAUUGUAAUUAUUAUUAGUAGUCAUUUUAUUGGUUGUUUUCCCCAAUUCAUUUCGAAUGAUUUUAAUUUAGAGCCGCUAGGCUAAGGGGGUAUAAUGUGAAAUAGUUUUGUUCUCUUUUUUUUUCUUCCUUACUUCAUUUUUUUAAUAUUCGAUUUUGCAAAAAAACCCAUCGACAACUUGUUUUUGUACAUAAUCUUGUAAAUGUCUGUUUAAAUACUUGAGCCUCUGCGUCGAGGUGCCAGGAAGAGGAAACCAGAUGAAAAACACAUGAUGAAGAAACAGCCUUACUUUUUUCAGUUUCUUCAUUCGACCGGAGAACGUGUGCGCUCGUUGGUCGUUCGUGAGAGAGACACCUACAGGGUUCCUCUGGCAUUGUGGAGAAAAUCUGAAGUGCUGCUUAUAUCACUGAUAAAAAAAAUAAAAAAUAAGAUAUGGAGUAGCGAUGCCCCUCCCACCUGUUUCCAGGUUACUUUUUUUUUUUUUUGAAGCUUUACUUUUUUUAAGAAAAGGGAGAAAAAACAUCGUUUAAAAAAAAAAAAAAGUUUUUUUACAUUUUCAUUUCUGAAAAUUCAACAAUGUAGUAGCUACUCAUGUUGCACUGAGCUUGCCAGUGGUGACUGUCAAGGAAAAAAAAAAGAAAAAAAACAACCCUAUAAUCUAGUUUGAUGGUUGUCCUCCUUUCCAGAAGACUGAACUGUUUUAGGAUUAUUUAAUAAAAAAACCAAUUCAGGUUUUCCUUUGGUUUUGUUUUUAACAGGAAUUAUAAACUGUGUUGAGUUGUCAAGUUUUUAUGGCCUUACUAUGUAUUUUUGCAAUUUUUUCGGGGUUUUUAUUUUUUUUCCUGAUAGGUUGUAUGAAAGAUUUGCUCAACGUCUGGCAAAGUUAAUUUAUUCGCACUGCAUCUCAGCUUUUCCAAACACACGGAAAGAAUUCAUGUUUGUUCUAUUGUUUUUCUCUUUUUUUUUUUUUUUACUUUUCAAGUUUGUACUCAAGGUUUAAUAAAAACUUAUUGACAAUU